AAAAAAGGAAACAGAGAAACAAACAACCCACAAAUAGCUAUGAGAAUGAGUUGAUACAAUGAGAUGAAGAAUAUAAUGAAAAAAUAGAAAAAAGGAGAGAAGCAAGAAUCAAUGGCGAAAAAGGUGAGAAGGGGGAGGAUGAUGGUAGGGAAAAGAGCUGGCCCCUCUACUCCAUCAACGCCGUGGCCACAUUUUGACUCCACCCAACACUUGACUCCUCCUCCUGUUUCCGCUAGAACACUGUGUGUCAACCUUUGGCAACUUCAACCUCUUUCCCCACCCCCCAUUAUGCCUAAACUGCCUCCCAACCUUCGCCCUCACCAUGUUCAGGAUAAGGGUUUUCAUGCUGAUGCUUAUCAUCGUCUUCAUCAGCCAAGUAGCUUGAGGAGGCAUAAUGCAGCAUCAGUUGAAAGAAGUGGGCACGGUUUUUUAAGCCCUGUAUCCCCAUCAGUGGUGGCAUCUUAUAACCCUGCAAUCACGUCAUGUACUUCUUUAGGAGGAUCUGGUUAUAGGCUUAAGACAUCAUCGGAGUUACUCAAGGGCUUUCGGUCUUCGACUGUUUCGUUCAUCUUCCUGGAGGGUUUCAUUGGUUUCAUCGGUCUUCAACGGUUUCACUUUUCUUCAUCCUGCUGAUGGUACAGAACUGCUGCUUUAUUUAUUUGAGAUGCUUUCAUUAUCAGUGUAACGGGUUAAAUGGGUUGGACGGAAAUUAGAUUCUUCUCCAUGAAAUUAGGCCAACUCCUUUUGCAAAUGAAGAUAUAAUAGGUAGGGAAGCUAUGCUACAUAUAUGAUAUAACUGCCAGCAGUAAUUCUUUUAAUUCUUCAUCCGCCAAAACUCAUUUUUCAUAUCUCAACAAAUAGCUGCAUUAUGCAUUGUAAGAUAAUUUUGGUGAUUAAAUCUAGCAAAAAUAUGUAUUUGACUAUUUUUUAUAUUAA